UAAAAAAAGAAAAAAAAAUCCCUAAGAACAACCAAUCCAAACACAGUCAACUAGGCAUUCUCAAAUAAAACAAGCACUUCAGCUAUAGCCAAUCAAAUAAUUUCCUUGUUUUCCAUCUCUUUAAACAUCUUUCCUUAAACUCUUAACCACUCUGGUUUGGCAGUACCCAAUUUGUUUUCUGCCCAAAUAAACUCUUAAAAAAUGUUUCUAAGUCUCAGCAGCUCAUAAAGACAGGUUUCUCACUCCACUUCUUGUCCAUUGUGGGUUGGCUACAUCUCUGCUCUGUCUUCACUCCAGGACCAAGACUGAAGGGACAGCCCUCACCUGGGACAUUGCUGGUCCCACAGCAGUAAAGAGAGAAGAUGGCUAUCACUUAAUGGCUCUUAGUUCUGCCUAGGAAUGGCACUGUCAGUUCUCACUUUCCAGAGGGCAAAGCAGAUUAUGCGGCUAAUCGUGAGGGCAAUAUGAUAAGAAUAUAGAAUCCUGUAAGGAUGGAUACCAAAGAAAACUUUUGGGGGGCUUUGUGAGAUCUUAGUUCCCCACCAGGGAUCAAACCUAUGCCCCCUGAAGUGGAAGUGCAGAGUUCUAACCACUGGACAGCAAGGAAAUUCCCAAUAGCAUAUCUUUUUGAAAAAUAACAAAAUUUUCCAUACUAUCUGUAUCUAUCAAUGGGUAUGGACCUCUCAAACUCAACACCUCCAAAACUGAUCUCCAGAUUCUCAUCCUAUUCUGUUCUCUCCAUACAGACUAUUUAGUUGAUAGCAAUGCAUCUGACUGCCCCAGCCCAAAUCCUUGAAGUCAUUCUUAACACUGCUUCCUCACAGCACACCCAAUCCAUCAGGAAGUCCUGCUGGCUCUGCCUUCAAAAUAUAUCCAGAAUCUGACCACUUCUCCCUACAUCUGCUGCUACUAACCUGGCGUGAUCAUCAUCUCUUGCCUGGACAACUGCAAUAGCCUCCUGUCUGGUCUCCCUGCCUCUAGCCUCCCUUCCCAUCCUCUCCAGUCUAUUCUUAACACAGCAGCCAGAGCAAUCCUUUACAAAUCAAAGACAGGACACAUUACUCCCACUGCUCAAAAUCCUCCAAUGGCUGCCCAUUUCUCUGAGUAGAAGCUGCAGCCUUUACAAUGGUCUGUGAAGUCCUACAUGCUCUGCAUCUCCCCACCCAAUCUAAUGUUAUUUCCCACUCCUCUUUCAUUCACACACUUGCCUCCCUGCUGUCCUCUUGAAUGUGUGUGUGCCUCUUUUGUCCACCUUAAGGCCUCUGCACUUGUUCCCUCUGCCUGCAGUGCUCUCCUCCUAGUUAUCUGUAUAGGAGACUCCCUCACCUUCUUCAACUAUUUCUUUCCCAGUUAUGCCUCCCCUGACUUCCAUAUUUAAAAUUGCAACACUCUCCCCAUUUCUUUAGCACUUCCAAUCCCCCUUAUCCUGCUCUAUAUUUUUUCCCAAAGCACUAAUCAUCUUCUUACAAACUAUUUAAUGUACUCUCUCUAGUCUUGUCUGUCCCCACUAGAAAGUAACUUUCACAAGGACUCAGAUUUUUGUCACUUUUGCUCCUUGAUGUCUCUCAAACGCUUAAGGGAUUGUCUGUCAGUAGGCACUUCAUGAAUAUUUGUUAAUUGAUAAAUGAACAUGGGUGAAAAAAACAAGAUGCAGAAGAAUGCAUACUGUGUGAUACUCCAUCAAGUUUCAAGACAAAAUGUUUUAAAAUGUUCAGGGAAUCAUACACACACAUAUGGUAUAUUAGUGCAUAUUACUAAGGGAUGGUGACAUUUUGGAUAGUGGUUAUUCUUAGGGUAAGGAUGAGGAAGAACAGACAUAAGACACUUAAAUAGUAUUAAUCGUGUUCUAUUUCUUAACUAGGGAGUUGGUUCAUGGGUCUCUUUUAUCAUGCUUCCUUUUCCUAAGUUACAUAUGGCUUAUAAAUAAUUCCCCUGUGUGCAUCAAAUAUUUUAGUUACAAAAUGGUUAGACAGUGAACGAGUGAGGUUGGAACUAGCUGUAGGAGUUGAUGUAUGGUAUUCCAAACAAAGGAACGCAAUGUACAAAGGCCCUGAGGUGGGAACAGUUGUAGUGUUGGAGGACUUGAUAGGAAGCCAGCGUACCUGGAGAACAGUAAACAAGGAAGAGGGGGGCAUGAGAUGAACUGGAGAGGUGUGCAGGAACCAGAUCUUGAACCACAGUAAGGGGUAUGGAUCUAAUUCUAAGUGUGGUAGGAAGCCAGUGGAGGAUUUUAAGCAGGUGUAAGACAUGAUCAGAUUAAUGUUAGCAAGAGAUUUUGGCUGUGGCUUUGGCUGGGCUUCCCAAAAUACAAAGGAAUACAGGCAAAUUUAAGCCUUUAAUUUGACUAGAGCAUAAGUAAAAAUAAAGGGGGAAUGGUGGUGGCAUUUACUGAAACAGAAAAAACUAAAUAGAGCCUAAUGCAAAAGGGAUGUUGUAAAUCAGUUUGAGACUUGGAAAGGUGAGCAGGAAUCAGAUCAUGAAGACUCAUAAAACAAAAACAUUGGGGAACAAUUUGGUUUAUGCCAUGCGUGCAUGCUCAGUCGUGUUCAACUCAUUGUAGCCCACCAGGCUCCACCAUCCAUUGGAUUCUCCAGGCAAGAAUACUGGCUCGGGCUGCCAUUUCCUCCUCCAGGGGAUCUUCCCUCCUGCAUCUCCUGCACUGGCAGGCAGAUUCUUUACCACCGAGUCACCUGGGAAGCCCCCUUGCUUUAUAGAUGCUUUCAAAGGUUUUAAGCUGCAGUGUGCCAUGGUCAGAUUUGCUUUCAGAAAAAUCCCUUUGGUAGCCAAGGCAGAAAAGCAGUAGAGAGCCUAACACUGGAGCAAGGGAGCCCAGUGAGGUUCCUGGGAACAUUAUCUGGCACCAGCUUGUGAGGCCUCAAUUAGGGUUGCGACAGCAGAGAUGGAGAACACAGAUAUGAAAUAUGUCAGGAAGUAAAAUCAGUAGAAAUCAAUAGCUGGUAAGAUACUGUGGGGAGAAAGGAAUGGGGGGUGGGGGUAUAGUCAAGUAUGAUGGUUAGCACUAAUUGGCCAUCCAACUCACCCUUGCUCCAGAUGUAUCAGGUAGAUCUGCCACCAGAUCCCAAGGAGGUGGCACCCACCGAAGCUAGAAAUCAAGAAAAGGAGCGACAGAGUCGUUUCUUCAAUGUGCGGACCAGAGUCAUGGGGGUGGAUGUUGAAGCCCUGAACAACCAGGUGGAAGAACGAAAACUUCAGGAGGCAACAGAACGAAGCAAGAAGGCAGCUUAUGGUACCAACCAGGUGCAAUAUGAUCUGGUGGCUCAGAUGCUAGAGAAGGAAGAGGCAGAACGGACACGUCGGCUGGCCAAGAAAGUCCAAAACUUUAGAGAACAGAGGCAGCAACUCAGGAACAGGCGUGAAUUUGACUUCUGGGAUUCAAACCAACUCUGGAGGGAGUUUCCAGCUUAUCUUGGUGACAAUGCUCCCUACUAUGGCCAAGCCAGCCUGCAGUGCUUCUCUGGGGAAGAUCUGGAGAGGGCCGCAUGUCUGAGAAUGCAGCAGGAGCAGUUCCAAUACAGCCUGGAGAGGCAGCUACAAGAGCAACAGCAAGCCAGAGUUGAUGAGAACUAUACAGACAUGCUCGAUGACCAGCUACGCCUAGCUGUGGACAUGCGGGCCGCCCAACUGGCCAAGCUGGAGGAGUCCUGCCGCAUAGCCAUGAUGGCUGCCACGGCCAAUGCCAACAAAGCUCAGGCAGCUAAGCUGGCUGAGCGGCAGCGCCGUGAGCAUCAGCGACAACAGGAGGCGAACCUCGUGGAGGUCCAGAACCAGAUCACAAGUGACCUACUGGCUGAGAACCCGCAGGUUGCCCAAAACCCCGUGGCUCCCCACAGGGUCCUGCCCUAUUGCUGGAAGGGCAUGACUCCAGAGCAGAGAGCCACCAUCAAGAAAGUACAGGAGACACACCACCAUGAAAAGGAAGCACAGCGCCAAGCUGAACAAGCACUGGAUGCCAAAUGGGAAAGCCAGGCCAUAAACUUGGCCCAGGCAGCAAUGGAGCUAGAAGAGCAGGAAAAGGAGCUGUGUGCUGAAUUUCGGAGGGGACUGGGCUCCUUCAACCAGCAGCUGGCUAAGGAGCAAAAAGCCCAGUGAGUUCUAGGGGGUAGCAGCAAGGAUGAAUGCCAAGGGAGGGUAGGGAGGGAUGGCAAGGACCAGGGAAAGCCCAUUAGCUGAGGCCACUGGAUUUCUUUCACAGGCAGAAUUAUCUGAAUUCAUUAAUCUAUACCAAUCAACCUACAGCCCAAUAUCAUCUGCAAUUUAAUACCAACAGCCGCUGAGCUCAGGAUUGUCCUCUCCCACCUUCACCAUCAAGCUCACAGAAGCUAACAGUCAGAGAAAAAAAUGCUGCAGACCACCCCCCUCCCCAAUCCAUUUCCCAGUGGAAGAGAGCUGAGCCAGUACCCCACCUCUGACCCUGGGUAAUAAAGUUAUUCAUUAAAAUCAAGGUUACAUGUUGUAAUAGGACACAAAAAGUGUAAGGUACUGCCAUUCCCACCCCAACCAUGGGUUCUGAGCAUCCAACCCUGUCAGUCUUCACCCAUUCACAUUUCUUCCCCAUGCCAGCUCCCCCAGCACACAGUGCUGCUCACUCCUCCAUGAGAAACAGAGACUUUAUUAGGCACACAGGGUGACUGAUAGGCAGAGUUUACAAAAUGGCUACUGGGCUUCCUUCCAAACUGGAGAA